AUGUAAAUAAAUUUUUGCACUCCUUAAUACUUCUUCAACAUCUCUCAAAAAUAUCCCUUUAUCGUGUAUGAUUUAAGAGAACAUUAACAUGGUUUUUUGAAAAAUAGUAUUCAUGUUACUAAUAUACACCAGGUGGAGACUGUUGAGGAUGUAUAAAAACAUUUUUAGUACCCUGAAUAAUAAUCAGAGAAGAAGAAAUUGGAAAAGUUGUUUCAAACCAGAAAGAGAAAUUACAAUUUCUUUGUUCCAUUUGAUACUUCUGAUAUGUUCAGUUUAUUACUCAAGGAUAGAAUUAAGGGAGAAGGAUCUGAAAUUUCUGAUUAGUUUUGCAUUCCUUUGGAAACUGUGGUAAAGUGGUGCCAUGAGAUUUCAAAGAAAUUGCCAUACAAAAAGAAACAUAAAAUCAGAAGUAGAGCAAACACUAUGAUUAUGUAAGAUGAUGAUGAUGAAUUAGUUGAUACAGAUUCCUAAUAAACUAUACUCCAUUUCAAUAAACAUUAGACUAUAGUUUCUAGCAAGAAAGUCAUAGAAUUACAAGGUAAGAUUAUUUAUUUAAAUAAUAAGAGAUAACAAUAUCUAAUGGUCCAAAAAUUAAAUAGAGAUCUGUGAGUUAGCCAAAAUGCAUAGGACAUGGGGAAGGCAGUUUAUAUAUGAAUUCAGAAUUGUUUGGAGCUGCUUUANAGUAUGGUCAUUUAUCUAUUGAGAUAAGUAAAACAAAGAAGUGAUGUAUAACUUCUAUCACUCGUUAAUUAUUUUCAUUAAGAAGGAUUUAUCUAUAGAGAUUUUAAACCAUAGAAUGUAGUUUUCUUUUAAAAUAAUAUUGGGAAGUUGAAGCUGAUAGAUUUUGGACUUACAAUCUCCAUAAAUGAUGAAGUUUGCAAUAAGGAUUAAUUGUGUGGUACACCAGGAUAUAUGGCUCCAGAAGUUUUUGAAAGGAGCCAUAAUUACAAUCUUAAAUCUGAUAUAUUUAGUUUAGGAGUUAUGAUUUACGAAUUGUAAUCAUUUAUUUAGACAAAUAGGUUUUCUGGAGAAUAUUUAAUAUAAAGUCUCGAUCCCGAAGAAUUGCUAAAUACGAAUAAGAUAUUCAAAUUUAACAAGGAGAUCCUAUCAGCAAUUAAGAACCAAACAAUCUAGAGAUUAUUGUAAGGGAUGUUGCAAGAGGAUCCUUCUUUGAGAAUCAGCAGUAGGGAAGCCGUGGAGAUAUUUAAACAAGUGAAUUGGAGUUGCGAUGAAUUUUUGACUACUAACGCAGAUUGA